AUGCCUCUAUCGACCAGUCCCUCGCCCUGGGACAUAUACUCUUUGGCGCCACUAGAAAAGAUCACCAUCCGCAGCGCUACCGAGUUCUCAAACAAAAUGUCCCAAGCGGCGCUGAACUGCAAAACACGUAUACUGGAUACGGCCAUGGUAGCACAUCUUACUACGGACCAGAUUACACAGUUGGUUGCAGUCGCGAUUGUAGAUCUGCUUUCAACAUGUGCAGUAAUGCAACCAUACCUCUAUGGAGUCAAUGGCGCCGCAUAUAUGGAGAGAGUGGUCUACUGGCGACUCGCAAAGGCAGACCGCUCUUUAGUGCCGCAACCAUUCUGGCCUACGCCAUUGCAGAUCCAUCUUCUUGGGAACACUCUCAAUCCUACUGUCGAUUUUCAACCCUGGCCUGAGAUCCGCGACCAGAGUCUAUUCAUUGGACACAGGAUCGAUGUUGACGCGUUGUCCCGGGACCUUGUGCUUAAUACAGUCGUCGAAAUUCCUGAACGUGAAGUAGCGGUGCAUAUCUGGGGACAGUUUCAGCAUCUGCACGAGGGUGCACAAUCCAACUUGUCCACCGCCGACACUCAGGUACCGCGGUCGGCGAACGACAAGGGCUGGGUCUUUUGCGAGAUCAACCGGGUAAACCGUGACUUUCAAUCCUGGGCUGCCGAUCCUGUUGAGGAGGCUCUCUCGCGGCAACUGUUGAUGCGCAUACAAGAAUGUAGUAACGGCAACGAUCUCUCCUGGUUCUUCAGCGCUGAGCAGGGCCAGCACCUCGCUGCGAGCACACGUAUCGAGUCGCCCUUGGCGGCCUUGGACUCCAGGUCCCGUCCGAAAAUGACAAGCCUAGCCCAAAGACUGGCCACGGUAUGUGAGUGGAAGCUCAGCAAAGAAUUCAAGGCAAAGUACCCGCAGUUAGACUGCUCUUCAGUCUGUACAUCUUACGAUUCAGUGUUUGUCUUGCCAUAG